AUAAAUAUAAUGACAGAAUGUUGGAAAGGUGUGACAGGUUAGUUAAAGGGCUGUUGGACAAACAUACUCUUUCGCAGGAGGUCUUUAUUUGUCAUGAUGCUGACUCUAGACCAAGAGCACUUCUGUGUUCUAAAAGAAUCUCCAGGCUGCACUGCUGAAGUACUGGAGUUCUACCGUGGAGAACAGACUUUAUACUGCUGAGGAAGUAGGCGGACCAUUAUGCAAAUACAGCCAUUAUGGGGAUUCUAGAAAAAAGGAUCAGCACACCAAGACCUGUUUCAUUUGUGCAUGGAGGUUCAUCUGACACUGAGAGGCCAUGGGAGGUUCAUCAUCUUCCCCGUCUACAGGUGAACCCCUAAGGAUUGUGCUGCUUGGAAAGACUGGAGUGGGGAAGAGUGCUUCGGGGAACACCAUUCUGGGGAGAGAAGAGUUUCUCUCACAGCCAUCUAGAUAUUCUGUCACACAAACUUGUGCCAAAGGGGUUAUGGCUAGUCCCAGAGAGAUUGAGGUGAUUGAUACACCUGGUAUUUUUGACACUGAAAGAGAUCCAGAUGAUAUUAAAAAAGAAAUAGUGAAGUGCAUUGAAUACUCAUGUCCAGGGCCCCACGCAUUCCUGCUGGUGAUUCAGGUGGGCCGCUUCACUAAGGAGGAGCAGAAUGCAGUCAGGGCCUUACAGGAGCUCUUUGGGGAAAACUUUGCAGACUACGUGAUUGUCCUGUUCACUCGUGGUGAUGAACUUAUGGAAACUAUCAGUUACUAUGUGCUCAAUGGUAGCGCCAAACUGAGGGAAGUGAUCCAGAGCUGUGGUGGACGAUACCAUUUAUUUAACAACCACAGCAGUGACCGCACUCAGGUUGUUGAGCUGGUAAAGAAAAUAGAUGAGAUGGUGAAAGCAAAUGAGGGACGUUACUUCACUGAGGAGAUGUUCACAGACACACAGAAGGUCAUGACAGAAAGAAAGCUAACCUGGAGCUCACCUGAGGUCGAUAGGUAUCUUACUUUCUCAUCUCUCCUGUCGAUGAGGGUGAACGCCUUUCAAAAGAGUCUUACUGAGGAGAUGUACGACGAGACACAGAGGGACAUGAGAGGAUCCAUGGCCUCACUUGAUUUAGGCAGACCUGGGUUCUGA